AAAAAAGUGUCUAUCAACCACAUUCUAUUUUUGUCAAAUUAAAAUGUCUAAAGCAUUGGCUCUUGUGGUGGUGUUAUUUUUUAUGUUAUUUUGUGAAAUAUGCUAUGGGGAACUUAGAGUUGGAUUUUAUGAAGGAAAAUGUGGGUUGACAAAUGUUGAAGGUGUUGUCCAAAAUGUUGUAAAUACAUGGCAUAUUGAAAAGAAGGAAAAGGAUAUUCCAGCUGCUCUUCUACGUAUGCAAUUUCAUGAUUGUUUUGUUAAGGGUUGUGAUGCAUCAAUUCUAUUGGAUGGAUUCAUCAGUGAGAAAACAGCAGUCCCAAAUUCAAGUGUUAGGGGAUAUGAACUCAUUGAUGCUAUUAAAGAAGCUUUAGAAGCAAAAUGUCAAGGCCUAGUUUCUUGUGCUGAUAUUAUUUCUAUGGCAACUAGAGAUGCUGUUGUCUUGGGUGGAGGAAAAUGGUAUGAUGUAGAAACAGGAAGAAGGGAUGGAAAUGUUUCCUUAGCAUCAAAUGUGAAUCUUCCUGCUGCAACAAUUUCAGUUUCUGAUUCCAUCAAACUCUUUGCAAGCAAAAAUCUUACUCAAUAUGACAUGGUUUAUCUUCUAGGUGGCCACACCGUUGGAAUUGCUCGUUGCUCACUCUUCAAAGAUAGAAUAUACAACUACAAUAAUACUGGUGGUCCUGAUCCAAGCAUGAGCCCAUGGCUAUUGGCUGAAUUAAAGGAAAGAUGCCCUAGAAUUUCAUUAUUUUUUGACAACACUUAUCCUCUUGAUGUGAAGACUCCAUCUUUGGUAGAUAAUUCAUAUUUUCAAGAGAUUCAAAGGGGAAAUGGGGUUCUUCAAAUUGAUCAACAAAUAGCAUUGGAUGAAUUGACAAAGAAUAUUGUGGAUGAUAUUGUUAGUGAUCCUGAUUUUUACACUAAGUUUGGUGAGGCAAUGGUCAAAUUGGGUAGAGUUGAAGUAUUAAUUGAUGGACAAGGUGAAGUGAGGAAAUCAUGUAGGGUUGUUAAUGAGAAGCCAUUUAUUUUUGGAGGGUUCCAUUAGAAAAAAGUCUAUUUUUUUUUGUUAAUUUUAUUUGCUUAUUUAUAAGUUUUCUUUUGUUUCAUUUUUUUGUUUGUAUUGGAUCAUUGACUCUUUGGCAUUUGAAAAUUCGAGUAUUGUUGUACUCUUUUUCAUUAUGUCUCAAUUUAUAUAACAGAAUUCAAAUGAAUUGAUCUUUGACCAUAUAUUUUUU